AUGAGGGCGGCAUGUGAAGAAGCUCGAGCGACGGGAAAUAAACUCGCUGUCGUCCAAUGGAUUAAUAUCGGAGAGGAACUGCAGAACUGGUUACAGAUAUGCUACGCAGGCAUUACGUCCCAGCUACUCAUUAACGGUAACGUUGGAGCCAAGUUCGACGUUAGGAGGUCUGUGCGGCAAGGGUGUCCCAUAUCUCCCACGCUUUUUGCACUGUAUCUGGAGCCAUUAUGCCGCCAUAUUAUAGAAGACGAGACAAUCCAGGGUACAAAAGUAGCCCAGGAGGAAAUAAAACUUCUGGCUUUUGCCGACGAUGCAGCCAUCAUCUGCACGGAGGUGACACAUGUGGAGAGAGCGCUCGAGAUCAUCCGUCACUUCUGCGAAGUGUCGGGAGCAACAUUGAACCUGGACAAGACCAAGGGCUGCUGGUUGGGCGAAUGGGCGAAGAAGCCAGAAAACCUUUUGGGAAUCGAAUGGACUACAGAACUGGACACUUACCUAGGAGUAAAACUAGAUCCAGAAGUAUGGCACCCUGGGAUAUGGAAGCAGAAGCUAAACCAGCUGCAGGGAAAGCUCCAGCCAUUCAUGGGAAGACAGCUGUCCAUCCUACAUAGAAGUGUGAUAAUUAAUACUGCUCUCUAUCCUGCCAUCCUAUAUUGUGCACAGGCGAUUCCUGUAGACGGGGGAACAGUGCAGCAAUUCCACAGGCUAUGUGCAAGGUACCUGUGGCAGUCGAAAUUCGAGCGCAUGCGCAGGUCAAAUAUCUUCUGGUCACUGGAGGCAGGCGGACUGGGCGUUGUAAAUCUGGAAAUAAAAAUUAAAGUCCAACGCUUUCUGUACUUCAGGGAUCAAAGAAGGCCCGAGAUUCGUGCUGCCAUGCAAGUAAUGGGAACAAGUCACCUGUUGGAGUGGAUAGUGACGACGACGCAAACUACAGCGCUCGAUAAGACAACCCUAACUUUCUACAGGGAAAUGAAGCUCAGCAUCAGGUUUUUCUUAGAGAUCCUUACGUGGGAAUACCUGGCAACAGUCAAAAAGAAGAAGUUGUAUUGGGACACCGUGGCCAUGAUGUACCCACCUCCACUAUACCGGCAAAACUUCACAGAAAUCUCGCCGCGGGAUGUUCUAAAGCGGAUAAAAUACCUGCCUAUUCCAACGAGCUCCAAGGACUUCUUUGUGAAGUUUCACAUAGAGGUACUUCCUGCAAAACAUUGGCUCCAGGGCAAGGGGUUCCUGGUACCCUGGGAAGGAAGAUGUGAUAUGUGUGGCGAAACAGAAACCUUGCGUCACGUCGUGUAUGAGUGCAGGAACGCUUUUCUCUUUUGGAGCGAUCUGCGUACAUCUCUGCAGAUUGAGGAAGAACUUCCAUACGAGGCCCUGAAGUUUCUCAAUUUCAAGCGCAAGGAAUUCACCGAAGUGAAGAGCGUUGCUGUGGUAACAGGGCUUCAAGCUUUAUGGAAAGCGCGAACAUCCCGGGUCGAAUGUGACGCAAAGCCCAGAUCACCCAUCCAUUUCCUGAAGAUAAAACUGAUGUGGACGCUUUCACUGAUAGGCACCAGGAGACUAAGAGAGAAGAAGAGAUGGAAGGACCUAGCGGAUACCAUACAACAGCUGUCCCCGAAAACUUUUGGUUGCAGAAGAAGAAACACUUGCAAGGAAAAGGAAUAA